AUGGGCGCUUGCAGUGGCCACGCGCUCGCGAUGGAAGACGCGUAUACGCUCGAGCAAAACGGGCUCAUCGGGUGCGGCGCGCACUCCAAGGUGCUACGGGCGACGCACAAGACAACCGGCGAGAAAGUCGCCGUCAAGUUGCUCUUUGCCAGCACAACGCUGGAUCGCAGCGCGUGGGAGGCCCAAGUGCGCCUCAUGAAGCAGCUCGACCCGCACCCCAACAUCAUUCGCCUCUUUGAGACAUACGAGACGGAGGAGUAUGUCUGCCUCGUCAUGGAGCUCGCCGACGGCGGUGAGCUCUUUCAGAUGCUCGUUCGGGACGGCGCGUACUCGGAAGCGAUUGCGCAGCAGUAUGUGCGCGACAUCUUGACUGCGCUCCAGUACCUCCACGAGAAGGGGAUUGUGCACCGGGAUCUCAAGCCCGAGAAUCUGCUCCUGACGUCCAAGCACGCCGGCCGCGCCCAUGUCAAGCUGGCGGACUUUAGCAUGGCCGCGAUCGUUACGAGCAAGCGGCUCGCGGCGAAAGGCGGUCUGACGUGGGCGUAUUGCGCACCGGAACUUCUCGACGACGACGACGACGGCAGCGCCACCUACGACGGCAAGAGCGACAUGUGGAGCCUUGGUGUCAUUUUGUACAUCAUCCUCUCGGCGGUCCACCCGUUCGACCCGGACGGUCGCCACGGCAAAGACAACAUUGUGGCCGCGAUCCGACACGGCGAGUUCCACAUGGACGGGGAGGUGUGGCGCGACAUUUCGGACGAAGCCAAAGAUCUUGUCCAGAAGCUGCUCACAAAGGACCCAGCAGCCCGCAUCUCGGCGGCCGAUGCACUCGGUCACCCGUGGUUGUCCAAGGACGACUUGUCGUCGCUUCCACUCCAGUGCUCGCUGAACCUUACCGCGUACCUCAAGGCCAUGCACCGGCGCUUCCGCGUGAGCGUGAUCGCGACGAUGGCAGCUGCGCGGCUCGCGAGCGUCAAGGCCGCCCCCGUCGACGUGCGCGAUGUCCAUGUCGCCGCAGACGAUGAAAGCGGCGACGAGCCAAAUGCCGCCGCCGCGCUCACCGAGUCCACCUCGCAGGCGAGUGUUUCGGCCGAGACCACCACGCAUGCUCAGUCGUAG